CCUUUCUCGUCGCUGUGCUGCUAAAAUUACAAGGAAAAAAUGAUUCCCAAUGGAUAUUUGAUGUUUGAAGAUGAGAAUUUUAUUGAGUCUUCUGUUGCCAAAUUGAAUGCCCUGAGGAAAAGUGGCCAGUUCUGUGAUGUGCGCCUGCAGGUCUGCGGGCACGAGAUGCUGGCCCACCGAGCAGUGCUGGCCUGCUGCAGCCCCUAUUUGUUUGAAAUCUUCAACAGUGACAGUGACCCCCACGGAGUUUCUCACGUGAAACUGGAUGAUCUCAAUCCGGAGGCCGUGGAAGUCUUGCUGAACUAUGCGUACACUGCUCAGUUGAAAGCGGAUAAGGAAUUAGUAAAAGAUGUUUAUUCUGCAGCAAAAAAGCUGAAGAUGGACAGAGUGAAGCAGGUUUGUGGAGAUUAUUUGCUGUCUAGAAUGGAUAUAACCAGCUGCAUUUCCUACCGAAACUUUGCAAGUUGUAUGGGAGACUCCCGUUUGUUGAAUAAGGUCGAUGCCUACAUUCAGGAGCAUUUGCUACAAAUUUCAGAAGAGGAGGAGUUUCUUAAACUUCCACGGCUAAAGUUGGAGGUGAUGCUUGAAGAGAAUGUUUGCUUGCCCAGCAACGGCAAGUUGUACACAAAGGUAAUCAACUGGGUGCAGCGUAGCAUCUGGGAGAACGGAGACAGUCUGGAGGAGCUGCUGGAAGAGGUUCAGACCUUGUACUACUCAGCUCAUCACAAGCUGCUUGAUGGGAACCUUCUAGAAGGACAGGCUGAGGUGUUUGGCAGUGAUGAUGACCACAUUCAGUUUGUGCAGAAAAAGCCGCCACGUGAGAAUGGCCACAAGCAGCUCAGUGGCAGCUCCACUGGAUGUCUGUCCUCUCCCAGCCCUAAGCAUGAGUGGAAAAUCGUUGCUUCGGAAAAGACAUCAAAUAACACUUACCUGUGCCUGGCCGUGCUGGAUGGUAUAUUCUGUGUUAUUUUCCUCCAUGGGCGAAACAGCCCACAGAGUUCACCGACAAGCACUCCAAAGCUAAUUAAGAGUUUAAGUUUUGAGGUGCACCCGGAUGAGCUCAUAGAGAAGGCCAUGUCUCCUAUGCAGUACGCGCGCUCUGGCCUGGGCACCGCAGAGAUGAAUGGCCGACUCAUAGCCGCAGGUGGUUAUAACAGGGAGGAGUGUCUGCGGACGGUGGAGUGCUACGACCCGCGGACGGAUCACUGGUCCUUCCUCGCGCCAAUGCGCACCCCGCGAGCUCGGUUUCAGAUGGCUGUGCUGAUGGGCCGGCUGUACGUGGUGGGUGGGUCCAACGGCCACUCUGAUGACCUGAGUUGUGGAGAGAUGUAUGACCCAAACUUAGACGACUGGACUCCAGUGCCAGAGCUGAGAACGAACCGCUGCAAUGCAGGAGUGUGUGCUCUCAACGGGAAGUUAUACAUCGUCGGUGGCUCUGACCCUUAUGGCCAAAAAGGACUGAAAAACUGCGACGUGUUUGACCCUGUAACAAAGGUGUGGACAAGCUGUGCGCCUCUUAACAUCCGUAGACACCAGUCUGCAGUCUGUGAACUUGGUGGUUAUCUGUAUAUAAUUGGAGGUGCAGAGUCUUGGAAUUGUCUAAACACAGUAGAACGUUACAAUCCGGAAAAUAACACUUGGAGUUUAAUUGCACCCAUGAAUGUGGCACGGCGGGGAGCUGGAGUAGCAGUUCUUGAUGGAAAGCUGUUUGUAGGUGGUGGUUUUGAUGGUUCUCAUGCCAUCAGCUGUGUGGAGAUGUAUGACCCAGCCAGGAAUGAGUGGAAGGUGAUGGGGAACAUGACCUCCCCCAGAAGCAACGCCGGCGUCACAACUGUGGGGAACACCAUCUAUGCGGUGGGAGGGUUCGAUGGCAAUGAGUUUCUGAAUACGGUGGAAGUCUACAACCUGGAGGCAAAUGAGUGGAGCCCCUACACAAAGAUUUUCCAAUUCUAACAAGCUUAAGACCCUCUCAGACUAACAGGCUUAGUGAUGUAACUGUGUUUAGUAGAGGCACACUUGUGAAUAUGGAGGGCGGGUGGGUGUGCAGGUUGCUAACAGCAACACAGAGCUUUUGCAUAUUGCAUACUAUUAAACAUGCUGUACAUACUUGGUGUUGGGAGAGGA